AAAGGUAGAAAGGAAUGAGAGCGCCGAUUCCUCCCUAUCCGCGCCUCCGUUGUCUCAGGGCCGGACCAACCUGGGUUGUCUCUCGUACUCCGGCAGUCCCAAGAAAAGAAAGGUUCCUCUACCGCCGGAUUUGGUUUCUAGGGUUUUCUGCGGCAUCUCCCACGGGUAGAUUCCUUUGCUUUGAUGUGGAGGCUCUGGUUUUUUUUUAAUGCUUUGAAGUCGUUACCGUCUCCGGUGCCUUCUGCUUCGUCUCUUGGUUUCGGUGAUAUAGGCUUAGUUUUGUCGAGCCUCUUUGCUUUCCCCUGAAGUUCUGAAUUUAGCUACCUAUUCGGGGACUCAUGGCGUCGGUCUUUGGUUCUGUCUUGUGGUUUCUUGAAGCAAGAAGUAUACCUAGUGGUGUUCUCUGGUUGUGAAGUCGUCGUCGUCGUCUUAUUGAAGUUUAGAUUUUUGGUAUCGUUUGCGACUGGAGACAUGAGCUCGAUGUUGGCGCCUGCAUCUUGGUAUUGUGUUCUUGAUCGGGUCUCUUAUCAGUCUGAUUAGCAUCUCUCGGUGUCAAAUUACGUUUGAGGUAUCAUCUGGAGCAGUUUCAGCACCCAUGUCAAUCAUUUAAAUCGUUUCUCUUAAAUUGAUUUGGUAUGGAAUUUAGACAGUUGGAAGGAGGAGGAGACACUUUGUAGAAAUUAUAAGCUUUAUAAGCUCAGGUAGAGGACUGGUAGUGUUGCAAAGGGUCGAUGCCGAAUGAUGAGGGUGGUAUAGUAGAGCAGAAAAGAUGUGAGGGUGUUUCUGAACCCAUUUUAGAUUCAACCCCGACCCGUAAUGGGGACGACAUAAGAGGGGCAGUUAUAGUUUCACAGGAAGACCCUGUGGAUGGGUCCAUGCCUCCUCUGGCGCUUAGCAUCACUAUUUUCCAGCCCGAAGAAGUCUCCAAAGCCAACAUGAGUGCCUCAAAGAGCACAGCUUCUGAGGGAGGUGAGAAGAUUUCUGGGAUGGCUGCUUUAAAGAAGGGUUUUUUAUCAAGGAGUGGGAGCUAUCAGGAGCAGUGCAGAGUUUGUCAGCAGGAAACUGAAGAACCUCUGAUUGAUCUUGGGUGCAGAUGCCGAGGUGAGCUUGCUAAAGCUCACCGCUCUUGUAUUGAUACCUGGUUCCUUACUAAGGGUUCAAAUAAAUGCGAGAUUUGCCAGCAGAUAGCUGCAAAUGUGCCAUUUCCUGAAUCAAGACCAAGUGUAAAUAACUGUCUCUGGAGGAUCAACUCACCCUACGUCAUGGGACAAGAACACGAAAGGGGAUGCUUUAACCCACUUUGGGUUGCAUUUGCCAUUUUAAUUGGAGGACUCUUGUUGGAUGUGCUAGUCUCAGUUUCUCUUGGUGUUUCUGCACUGCCUGCGAACAUCAUAAUCGGUGUUCUUAUCGUACUUGGAUUAGGCACUUCUUUUCGGCUUGCACUGGAAUGCUGUCAAGGCCAGGGUGCAAGAAGAAAUCUGCAGACGACGAAUGUGACCUUCAAUCCUGGGUACCAUCCAACAGUGUAAGAGUUGUUACAGUGUAGAGUUGUUACAUCCAAGAAGUAUAGUUUGCGUGCCACUGGCUGUCUUUCCUUUUUCGUCAUCUGUUCAUAUUGUGUCUCAAAUUUCAUUUUCUACAGGAAAACACCUUGUUAAUCAACUUGUAUAUUUUGUGCAAUAAUUUGAACGAAUCUUUCUGGUUGAUGCU